AUGCUACCUAAAAUAAAUAUUUUUGCCCUUGUGGUGCUAAAGAUUAUAAAGCACUACCAUGAGGAGAGCCAGGGCAGUGGGAUAGCAGGAGUCUUUCUUAGCCUAGUGGUGGACAACCACCUGGAGAUUUCGCCUGCUUUCCCUCCCCAGCACACGGAGGACGAGGCCGACUUUGACGGAGUACAAUACCAGAUUGAGAUGAUGAGGAGUGUCCGUCAUCUCAACAUCGACCACCUUCACCUCGUGCUAGAGUCCACGUAUUACGGCUCAUCCGUCAGUAAAGCUCUGCUGCACUCGCUGUUCAGCUACCAGCCUGCCAUAGAGGAGUCUGUAGUGCUUAUUUACGAUCCCAUCAAGAUGGCACAAGGCUCCCUGUCCCUCAAGGGAUACAGGUUAACACCCAAACUGAUGGAGAUCUGUAAAGAAAAAGACUUCUCUCCAGAGGGGCUGAAAAAGGUGAACAUUGGCUUCGAGCGCAGGCUUGAGGAAGUGCCAACUGUCAUCAGAAACUCACCCCUGAUGAAUGUGCUGAUGUCGGUGCUGGAGGACAACAGCACCGUGGCCGACAAACGUGAGCCACUCAGUCUGUCUAGCAGUAACCAUCUGGAGAAGAGCCUGCAGCUGCUGAUGGAUUGCAUGGAUGGCAUGAGCCAAGAAAUAGUCAAAUGCAGCACGUACUGCCGCAACCUCAGCAAGCAACAGCAGCAGUAACACCAGUAUCUUCAGGAGAAUGCCCAGCGGCAGAGUCGCGGUGAGCUGCUGCCGGAGGAAGACAUCAGCAAGAUGUUCAAGCCUCCACCACGCAUGGACACUCUUCUCAUCGCAGGACAAAUCAACGGCUACUGUCAGAACGUGAAGGAGUUCACCUCGUAGAUCCUUGGCAAGCUAUUCAUGGCGGAAGCUCUACAGGAUCACAGCAGCUAA